AACUGCACAUUGGAAAAAGAAAAGCUCACUUUUGCAGGAACAAAACCCUAAAAGCUCUGCAAUUUUUGAUAGAAUUUAUCACUUUUUAUAAUUAGAUCAGAUUGUAUACAUGGACCCGUCCUCCAAAAGUGGAGAAAAGAACCGUGAGGGACCAGAAAUCAGAGAUCAGGAAGAGGAGGAAAUCGAGGAUCAAGUUACUGGGCAUUCAAAUAAUGUAGAUCAAGUAGUAAAUGAGGUUGGUGGAAGUUGGAGCAAUGAAGAAGAAGAAAAUGAAAUAUUUAACGAUGGAGGAGGUGCUGGUGGGGUCCACAAUGAAGUUGGAAUUGAAGACUUAAAUAUUGUCACUGUAGACAGUGGUAUGGUAGAACUAGUGCUAGAUGUCCCUGAGUUGUCGGAUAAUGAAGAUGAGGAGACUAUUGAAGCUAGGACAAUUUUGAGAAACUUCAUAGCUUCUCAAGGUAAGCCCAGCACUGAGAAUGAGCAAUCAGAAUCUAUCGUGGAAGUGGGAUCUUCUAGUAUUGCUAUUGGUGCAGGACAUAUUGAUGCAGUAGUAGAAAUUGAUGAUGGAGCAAUCCAAUCAGAUGAUGAUGUUAGCUAUAUUACAACAAGUGAUGAGGAUGACAGUGAAGUUGAACAUGGUAGAAGAAGAAAGGCUAUACAUCCGGCAUUCAAGGAACAUGAAGAUUGGCCUGUGAUAGGUCUUGGGAUGAUUUUUAUUAGCAAGGAACAGUUUAAAAGAGCUGUUGAUGAGUUGAGUUUUAAAGAAGGUAGACAAAUUAAAUGGGUGAAAAAUGACAAGGUCAGGUUGAGGGCAAUAUGCAAGGAAGCUAAGAAAAAAGGGCGCAGAUGGAAGAUUUUGUUGGCAAAGGACAGCCCAUUAGACUCUUGGAUGGUAAAAACUUUUGAACAAGAGCAUACAUGCAAUUGGGGUGUUGUGAACAAGAGAUAUACUUCACGCCAUGCAGCUAAGCACUUAGUUAAUUCUAGAGGAGCAAGUUGUUUGUAUAUGAAUUAUGAUAGCAUCUUUCAAGCUAUUUGGAAUGAGAAGAACAUUGAGCUAACUUCGGUGCAAUGUAAAAAAACAAAGCAGCAGUUGAAAAGGACUUUUGAAGGUGCUUCCAAGGCUGAAUAUGGCAUGCUAUUUGACUAUGCUAAUGAACUGAGGUCAAAAGAUCCAGAAGCAAACAUUGUUCUCCAUGCUCAUAGACCCACAACAGAUGUUAACCCCACUUUUAUGAGAAUGUAUGUAUGUUUUAGUGCUUUAAAGAAGGGGUUUCUUGCUGGCUACAAGCGCAUCAUUGGUGAUGAUGGUGCCUUUCUUAAAGGUGCUCACAAAGGAGAAUUGUUGACUGCAAUUGGAAGAGAUGCAAACAACCAAAUGUUUCCAAUCGCAUGGGCAGUUGUCGAGGGACUUAUUCAAGCAGUUAAGGAGAUUUUCCCUUAUGCUGAACACAGAUUUUGUGCUAGGCAUAAAUACUGCAAUUUCAAGAAGAAAAACAAAGGCAAAGCAUUACAAAUUGCUUUUUGGAAGUGUGUGAAAUCAUAUACCAUUGCCGAAUUCAACAAAGCUUUGGAUGAGUUAACCAAAUUAAAAGCUUCAGCAAGGAAUGACUUAUUAGAAUCAGAUCCAAAACACCGGUGCAGGGCCUUCUUCAAAACAGAUAUAAAGUGUGAUAUUGUUGAUAAUAAUAUGUGUGAAGUCUUCAAUGGUUUAUUAGUGGAUGCAAGACAAAAAGCCAUAAUUUCAAUGAAUCAAGAUUUGAGGAUAUUUUGUGGAAAAAGGACUGUUGCAAGAAGAGGAUUUGUUGAGUCCAAGUUUGUUGAUGAUUUCGGUCCUAGAAUAUGGGAAAAAAUUGUAGCUAAUGUCCAUGAAAGCAAGAGGUGCAGAUUAAUUUGGCCUGGUGGAAAUAACUAUGAAGUAAUGGAAGAUGGAACAAAUGGUUUUGUGGUUGACUUGGAGAACAGAAAAUGUACUUGCAGGUCUUGGGAUCUCACAGGAAUUCCAUGCAAGCAUGCUGUUACUGUUAUUAAUGCCACCAAGCAAAAGGUGGAAGACUAUGUAGCCGAAUGUUAUAAAAAGGAGGCAUUCUUAGCCUCUUAUCAGUUUGAAGUUCCUGCCAUUGAAGGAAUGAGUCAAUGGAAAAAAACUGGAAUGCCCCCUAUUCAACCACCAUUGACAAGAAAGAUGCCGGGAAGACCAAAAAGGAAGAGAGUUUUGGAAGAAUGGGAAGGUCAGACCAAAUUGAGUAAAAAAGGGAGAUUGAUGACUUGUCAAAAGUGUUUCAAAAAGGGCCAUAAUUCAAGAUCAUGUAAAGAACAAGGACCCACAACUGCCCCUCAAAAUGUAAAUGGCAAUGAAGAACAGGUUCCAAAUUCUGCUACUAUCCAGCAACCUGUUCAGCAACCUAUCCAGCAACCGACUCCUAUCCAGCAACCUGUCCAGCAACCGACUCCUAUCCAGCAACCUGUCCAGCAACUCACUCCUGUCCAGCAACUUGCUCUUGUCCAGCAACCCAGCAAGAGAGUCAAGCUCCCCAUUAGAAGGUCUUCGUCUUCAAAAGUUGCUCAAACCCCUCCUCUUGAUGGUACGUUAUCAAGUGAAGUAACUCUUGUCCCAAGUGAAGGGGAUACUCAAACUCCUAUCCAGCAUCCAAAAAAAAAUGCCAAGACCCCAGCAAAAAGGCAAAAGCAAAAGGGAGAGGGCAGUUCAGAGAAAGUUGGAACUGGUUACCAGUUUAUUACUGCAAAGCAGCUGCAAGCACAAGCAAGACAGAUGCAGCAAGCAAGGGAAAUGGUGAAGAAGAAUAAUGAAGAAGCUUCACUUGGAGGUUUUUAAGGUUGAUGAACAAAUCCAACAACAAGAGUCUUCUUUUAAAUUCUGGCCAAAUUUCCUUUGAGAUGCUGUGUUGAUGAAGUUAAUUUUGCAUUUUCUUGUUUGUUUUUUACUAAGGAAGCAUGGUUCUGUUCUGUUAUUGACCAAUUAAACAUGGUUCUGUUCUGUUAUUGGCCAAGUAAACAUGGUUCUGUUUU